ACAAGCUACACUGAGACUGGACCCACUUGCAGUGCAAAGACCACAAGCAAGAAGACUCCGAAGCCGGGAGUAGAAGUACCAACAUUUUUUAUUCUGGAGCUUAGAGAGAAACAAAGACAAACGAGAACGGACUUUCUGCUGGAGCUCCGACGAAAACCAAUUUGUCCCUUCGCUAUACGCCGUUUCCUUUCCUGUGAAUAGGCUAUAGCAACUAAACAAAGUUGGUAGUAAACUCUUUGGAGUUUGGUUAGAGUCGCUUUAAAAUUUCUUUGCUUGUGAGAGUGGACUGCACUGAAACUUGGGAUCGAUCCCCGCUCUGGGGUUCGAGGGGUUUGUACCUGGCGCAUCCUUUCGGCGGUCUUCAAACAACUGCGAAAGUUUUUGGCCAGGAACGCAGAUCUGAAGUCUUUGAGGUCUAGUCAGACUUUUUUUUUCCCGAGAGACGAACUCAGCAGCUGCUACCAGAUCCGAUCCAAGACGCCUGGACCGGAGCGGUUAGAGAGCCGCUGAAAAGGCUUCAAAGAAGAGUUUUCGAGAUCCCUUUCUGAGAUAACAAAUAGUCUGAUGCAUUAAAACAAACUAAUCUUCAGAGGGGUUUGCGAAGACAAUCAAGAGAUCUGUAUCAAGUGCAGUAACUUGCAACAAAGAAAUCCAAGAAACAACAAAGUUAAAACGCAGAUUUCACCAACAUCAUCCUCAACUUAAGCCGACCCAAUGGCGUGGUCAGCUCUUACCGGCCCUUGUCUGGCCCUUAUCCUGCUUUUCGGUUUGACCUGCUGCACUCCCUCAGGACCGGCCUCUGCAACCUGUGCCACUUUGGAGCAGAGCCGCUUCUUUGGUGUGUUCUCCUCCACGACCACCCUGCCCUCCGCUCCAUGUUCCUGGACCCUGCAGAACCCUGAUCCACGUCGCUACAAUGUCUAUAUGAAAAUUACCAAACCCACCGAAUCCUGUGUGCCCCGCCAGAUCAGAACCUUCCAGUUUGACUCCUUCAUCGAGACCUCUCGCACCUACCUGGGUAUGGAGAGCUUCGACGAGGUAGUUCGGUUGUGCGACGCUUCCACUACAGUCACCUACCUGGAGUCAAGCAAGCAGUUCCUGCAGAUCCGCAAGAUGGCCCCAAGGAAUGCCGUAGCAGUCGUUGGAGAAGAGCAUGGUGUUAGCGAGUUUAAAGCUGAGUUUCUUGUCGUGGGGAAGAGGAACCCAAGCAUGCCUGCCUGCCAGAUGUUGUGCCAGUGGUUGGAGAAAUGCCUGAACAGCAGUACCCACGAUUAUCCCUGUGGCAUCAUGAACACCCCCUGCCAAUGCUGGGAGGCCCCAAAAAGGAAGCCAGGAAGUUGCUACAGGGGCGGUGUCUAUGUUGAAAAAUGCACCACUGUUCCCAAAGACAACGUACAGGAUGCUGAGAUUACAACGAGCUGGGCAGGUUGGGGCCACUGGUCCGUCUGCAGCCAGGAGUGUGGCGGCGGAGUCCAGGUGCGCAGCCGAACCUGCCAGCCACAAGAUGGAGUUUGUGAGGGAACAGUGGAGGAAGGCCGUGCCUGCAACAUUAAUUCGUGCAUUAGCAAAGAGAGGAACAGGAGCCAAGGACUUCGUGCCAUUAUUGGACUGAAAAGAGACAACAUUGAUGAGUCCCACCCAGGAGUUGUUGCAACUCAGACUGAUGCAAAGACAGAUGAGUGGACCUCAUGGAGUGCAUGUUCAGUCACUUGCGGAGAGGGCUGGCAGAGCCGCUCCCGCCUCUGUGCCACUUCUUCCUUCACCACCCAGUGCACCGGAUCCCUGCGUGAGAACCGACCAUGCAACAGCACAGUUGCCUGUCCUGUGGAUGGUACUUGGUAUGAGUGGACCCCCUGGAGCCUGUGCUCCUCCACAUGUGGCCGCGGUUACCGUGACCGUACUCGCACCUGCAAACAGCCCAAGAAUGGAGGACAGACUUGCCGUGGCCCCACAAGACAAACCAAGUUCUGCAACAUUGCUGUCUGCCCAGUGGACGGAUCCUGGAAUGAUUGGUCCGCCUGGACUACCUGCUCUGCCUCUUGCUCCAAUGGCACAAUGCAGAGAACCAGGGAGUGCAACGGACCAUCUUAUGGUGGCUCAGAAUGCCAUGGUGGCUGGAAAGAGACAGCAAACUGCUUCCUGAAAGAAUGCCCUGUUAAUGGAACCUGGCAUCCAUGGAGCUUAUGGGGAAGCUGCAGCAAGACCUGUGGUGGAGGCAUCCAGCAGAGACAAAGGGUCUGUGAGGGGCCUUUCUUCGGAGGAGAACCUUGCCCCGGUGAAACCAGAGAGCAGAAGCGCUGCAAUGAGAAGAGAUGCCCUGAGCCCCAUGAGAUCUGUCCUGAGCAGAACACCGGAGACAUUGUUUGGAAGAAAACCCCUGCUGGAGAUGUUGCUGCUGUUUCCUGCCCUGUUGAUGCCUCUGGUCUGAUUCUGCGUCGCUGCACCCUCGACGCUGUGGGUCUUGCUUCUUGGGAGAACCCCACCUACAUCCAAUGUGUUUCCAAAAACUAUGAAAAUAUUCAGAUGCUGUCAAGGGACUACAUCUCCAAAGCACAGAUAGGACAAAGUGUCGAUGGUGUCGCUGAGGUGAUUUCCCGCUUGAGAUUCUCGUCUGAUGAAAAAGCCAAGUACAGCGGUGACCUUUUGGCUAUCAUGGAAAUCCUGAAGAACACCACAGAGGUGUACAAAGGAACAAGGCUGAGGCUGAGCAAUGCUGAUGUUGAGAACUACGUCCAGACCAUCAGCAACCUUUUGAAGGAGGAACAUCGUGACAAAUGGGAAGAGGCACAACUGAUGGGUGCCAACAUCAAGGGGUUCCUUCGCCUUGUCGAGGACUUUGUGAACAUGAUCGGCACACAAAUGAGCGGCUUUCAGGACAUUUAUGAGGUCACAGAGAAUUUAGUGCUGAGUAUCCACAAACGGCCAACAUCCACAAGCUCUAACUUCACCUUCCCAGUAAAGGGCUGGAGAGGGAUGCUGGAUUGGGUUAGGAACUCUGAGGAGAAGAUCUCUGUGGCCCGUGAUGCUUUGUCACUCAAAUCAACUGACGGCAAUGAUGCCUUUGUGACUGGCAUUGUCCUCUACAGAAACCUUGCUUCAAUUAUGUCCUUCCAGAGUAACACCACCCUGCUCAACUCCAAGGUGGUAACUGUGAUUGUUAAACCCGACCCGACUCUCCUGUCCACCCCUGUCGAGAUCGAGUUCCCCCACCUGUACAAUGACACUGUGAAUGAAACAUGUCUGUCAUGGGAUGAGAGCGAAAGCUCCUCUCUCCUUGGCUCUUGGUCUGCUCGGAGCUGCAGAGCGGUGCCCGUUCAUUCACACAGAACCAAAUGCGUGUGUGACAGCCUCUCCACCUUCGCCAUUUUAGCGCGCGUCAACUUCGACUCGAUCAUGGACAAGGCAAACCUCCCGUCUGUUACCCUCAUCGUCGGCUGUGGGGUCUCUUCCCUUACCCUGCUGCUCCUCAUCAUCAUUUAUGUCUCUGUUUGGAAGUACAUUCGCUCAGAGCGUUCCGUUAUCCUCAUCAACUUCUGCCUCUCCAUUAUAUGCUCAAACGCCCUCAUUCUUGUUGGACAAACCCAGGCUCGCAACAAGGUCGUAUGCACUCUUGUAGCUGCCCUGCUCCACUUCUUUUUCCUCUCCUCUUUCUGCUGGGUCUUGACAGAAGCUUGGCAGUCCUACAUGGCUGUCACUGGUCGUCUGCGCAACCGCAUCAUCCGCAAGCGCUUCCUGUGCUUGGGCUGGGGACUUCCUGCUCUGGUGGUAGCUGUGUCUGUGGGCUUCACUAAAGCUAAGGGAUAUGGCACUGUCAACUACUGCUGGCUGUCCCUUGAAGGUGGACUCCUUUACUCUUUCGUUGGACCCGCUGCUGCUGUUGUUUUGGUGAAUAUGGUCAUCGGUAUUCUAGUCUUCAACAAGCUCGUAUCCAAGGAUGGGAUCACUGAUGUGAAACUGAAGGAGAGAGCUGGGGCAUCACUGUGGAGCUCCUGUGUGGUUCUCCCUCUCCUUGCCCUCACCUGGAUGUCAGCCGUCUUGGCCAUCACUGACCGGCGCUCCGCUCUUUUCCAGAUCCUCUUUGCUGUUUUCGACUCUCUGGAGGGUUUCAUCAUUGUCAUGGUGCACUGCAUCCUGCGUAGAGAGGUUCAGGAGGCUGUAAAGUGCAGAGUAGUUGAUCGCAAAGAUGAUGGGAAUGGAGACUCUGGAAGUUCUCAUCACAAUGGCCACCCUCAGCACAUGCAGUCUGAUAAUGAAAAAGAUGGAGACUCAAACAGACAAGGAAUGAAGAGCUCUUCUGAAGAAAAGAUGCCCCCUCCUCAGAUGCCACUCCCAAUGGGCUCCAACUUCCACACCCUACCAUCCAAGGGCAGCCACAUGCAGGCUGUUCCCGAGUACGCCAGUCACACUCUCACCCUGAAGAGAGAGAAAAGCCGCCUGGCCGGAGGAGUGGACCCCUCCUGCGGUAACCCCGUCUAUGUCUGCGAGGGGGAGCUCUUUAAGCAACUGGAUGCGGACCUUGUUCUUGCUCAGGCCGAGGGUAGCAUCUCUGAUGUCAGCGGAUAUGUCCUCAUGCCCAACACCACAUCCACUCUGAGGGCCAAACCCAAAGACGACCCCACAAAGUAUAACAUCAGCGUAGACCAGCUGCCACAGGCCAGGCUUAUGCACCUUGGUGGACCCUUUGCAGAGCCCCAGGCUGCCUUCGGGAUCGGCUCAAUCCCAGCUGACCAGGUCAGCGUGUCAUACUCAGAGAGGGACUCGCCAAUCCAGAACAUCCACAACAUGUCCAGCGAGUCACACAUCACCCACAGCAGCUUGGAGAACACCUUUGAGUCCAUGAACUCAAUGAUGUCAAAGAGCGAGACCAUCUCCACUCUGUCAAUGAGCUCCUUGGAGCGACAGAAAUCCCGUUAUGCAGAGCUGGACUUUGAGAAAAUCAUGCACACCAAGAAGCGCCAUCAGAACAUGUUCCAGGACCUGAACAGGAAAAUGCAUCACACUGAGAAAGACAGGGAGUCUCCUGCAUCUGAUAGCAAGUCUGUGAGAUGGAGUGUGUCUUCUGGAGGAAGUGACAAAACAAACCACAGCGACAAACAGCAGGCUCAGAUGGACAGGUCGUGGGAAGCGGUCCGGGGGAUACCUCAGUCGCCCCCUGCAUGGGUACGCAAAGACAUGGAGCCUCUCGCCGCCUCACCUCUGGAGAUUCACUCUGUAGAGUGGGAGAAGACAAGCACCACCAUCCCUCUGGUGGGGCAGGACAUUAUUGACCUGCAAACAGAGGUCUGAGAUGGAGUAGGGGGGCCUAGCGAAGCCGCCUUGUUUCACCUCAGUCACCUUUUUUGGUUUUGGGAUGGAAUCCUUUCAUGGAUGAAGGUAGAGCAACCAAAAAAAGGGAAGAAGUAGCUUGCAGAAUCAUUGUCUUCAAACCCUCAGCCAGAGCUGGAAGGAAGAAGGGAUGGAGUGUUGGGGUGGCGGAAACGGGAAUGUUUAAUGUAGCUUCUCAGUGUGGACUCUCACCAGAGCUCAAAGAAGGGGUAAGCGGAGCGAUCAGUGGCGUCCACGGACUGGGACUGUCUGUGGCUCCAUAGACGCUUCCCUCCGGAGUUUUCCUGGACCCCCACUAUCCGGGGUUUUAGAAGAUAUGCUUGACAUGUCUGUGCUUCUCUUUUUUUUCCUUCAAAUCAACUUUGGAGUGAAAAAUCAAUUAACAUUGAAAUAAAAAAAAAACGGUGCGUGUCCUCCCUGCUUCUCGGGAGACACAGCCAGAACUCUCUUCCAAAAUGAGACAAAGGCAAAAGAAGAAAAAAAAGGGAUUUCAUACUCCAAUAUGUUGGACUUUGGUAAAUGGGCACACAAUUUAUUUUGUUUUGGUGCAGUGUUUCUUUUUUCCUCAUUAUGAGCUUGUUAGCACCAGAAUCCAACAAUAUCAAGCAGAAAAUGAGACUCUUUGCUGAGACUGAAACAUUUCUGUGAAACUAGAAGGCAAGUUUAAUCAUCUUGUUAGUGCUUCUUGCAGUGUUUGUCAUUACUAUUUUGCAUUAUUUCCAGUGUGAUUUCCCUCUUUUACUUUAUUCCCCCUUUAAGUCAUUACUAUUGAUUAAUAGUAUCUAAAGUAGAAAAGAAACCAGAAUUGAAUGCAUCCAUAAUGUGUUGUGAGCCCAGACGGACUGCAUUGGGACAAACAUAUUGAGUGGUGAUGGAAGCCCUGGUUGGUUGAAUUUCCUGGUUUCUAAAGUAUUCUGCUUCGGAACCAAAACACCAGCACCAGGACGAACACAGACUCUCACGUGGAAAGAGCAGUGCACUCUUGGGAAUUGCUGGAUGGAUAACUGGCACAAAGAUGCAGGCUCUUCCAUGUCGUACAUGCGGAACUUGAAGGCCCUUUCAUCAUCGCCCGCUUUUGUUUCUCAGCCUUGCAGGACUCUUGGACUGAGCAGAGACUUUAACACAUUUUGUGUUUUCAGCCAUCAGUGUGUAACAGUGCAAUAUGAUGGGCGCUUGAUGCUCAAGCAAUGACUGAUAUUAUGAUCUAGGCAGAGUUUUUUCCUACCGAUAUUUCAAAAUUUUUAUACCAUCUUCCAUAUAUAUUUACAGAGCAAAUAGAUGCUUUAUGAAAAUAUUGUAUUAGGAAUUUAUUCACUAGAGAUUUGUUUGCACAAUACUCCAUAUUUGGAGUUCUCUGUGUGAAAGUUAAUCAUUGCUCUAUAUUUUAAAAAAUGAUAAUAUAGAUUGAAUGAGCCUCUGAUUAUCUCCUAACUGUUCUUCAGGAUAAUUGUUAUUGCUCUCAGCUGUAAAGCAGUGGGUAAUAUAACCUCAUGUCUUCUGUAACAGUGUGUUACUAUAACUCGACUGUAUGUUCUACCAGCCAAUCCCUAAUGUCUGUUUCUUUUUUUACAGUUUUUCUUGUCCUGCCUAAAACCCAACUUUAGUUAUGUUGAGUAUUUUUUUGUCAAGAUUUCUGUUUUAACCAGUGUAAAUGUACAGUUUUCACAGCACAAAAAUGAAUGUGAAUUAUUUCUAAUAAAAAAAAUCUAUAACAAAUAA